AUUUUGUUGUUAAAUGGCGUAAAUUUAUUAAUUGUUCAUAUUCUUACUAUGGAAUCUCUUGCUAAGUGUUGUUUUCUGGAGCAAUUGAUGCUUUAGUGUAUUGCAUAUAACCUAAAACCAUGGUUCGCUUUAAAAACAGAUACAUAAUAUUUGAAAUAACUGUUGGUGAUAAAUCUAACAAGCCUUUACAAUUAAAAACUAUGAUUUUGCAUAAUGCUAUUCAACAAAAAGUACAACAGUUGUAUGGUGAUUUUGGAGUUGCAGCGAUAAAAGCUGGUUUUAGCGCAAAGUAUUGCAAUAUACAUACAAAAAUUGCAUUAGUGAAAACCAGACAUGGCCCCCACAAAUUUUUACUAAAGGCUAUCCCAAUCAUAAAUGACAUAGCAGGACGUUUAGUAUCAGUAAAAAUACUUUACGUGGGUGCAACAUUGAAACAUUGUUUCCUCUUUAUCAAAAGAUAUCAACAACAAAAGCUGGAAGAAGUAUGGGGUACUCUUAAAACCGAAACAGAAAGGAAAAAUAUGGAGAACGCUUUAAUGACGCUAACUCCAGCCAUGAAAGACUGUACAUGAAAUAAACUUUCGUAAAGUAAAAGUAUUUGUAUUUGUAAAUAGGUGUACAAAUUGAACAUGGAAUAAUUUCUUGAAUAUCUUUAAUUCUCGUGCAUACAUAAUAUAUACUAGCGCGGUUAAAUAGUAUAAUUAGUUUCCUAUUAUAAUCGAUUUCAAGCGAAGCAAGAUAAAAUGCGAAAGGUGAAUGGCCAAUUGUCGAACGUUUAAUAAGGGAUAGCUUUGAGAAAUUCGAAGAGCUUGAGUUACCCGUUUUGAAACGAUAUAAAAGAAACCGAACGAAUCGAUUUCAUAAUAUUAAUUAUACGCGAAUAAUUAAGAUACACGCUGAAAAUUGAAAUAAUACACGUUGAAAAUAAUAAUACGGUUGAAAUAAAAAGCAAUAAAAAUAUCUUAAGCGAUAGAAAAGGAUAAAGAUCUAGUUUAUUUUAUAUUAAAAUUCAUUGUUAAAAGAUUUAAAUAAUUAACGAAUCCGAGAGCAUCGGAAAUUAAAAUUCAAUUUUCGAUACUCGCAUUGAUCAAUUACUGCCGUUAUUUUCUACAACUUAAUUCUAUAAGCACAACUUGUAUUAAUGUACGUUCCUAAUAAAUAACGAAUAAUAUCGUCUUUAUAUCUA